CCUGGCUGCCCUGGCUGCCCUGGCUGCCCUGGCUGCCCUGGCUGCCCUGGUCGGGCUGGUCGGCUGCUCCUGCGACCGUUUGCCCAUCUGAAUGUUUCAUCCGGGCAGAGUCGCCAGGGAACCACCGCCACUACCGCAAUCGGUUUCUGCUAGAUUCCCCGCUCUCUCUGCUCUAUCCCACUUUCCGCGCUGGCUUGGUCUUUUCGCUUGGCGCCCAUUCCGGCAAUCAUUGAGGCAAAUCACUGACUUUCUAAGCCACACUCCAAGCUAGCCAUCCCUACAGGCUACCGCCCUCCCUGGGUCUCCAUCGUCAACACGAGCGGCAAACCCAGACUCCAGACUUCAGACGCCAGACGACCGAUUCCAGACACCAGCCGUUUCCUUUCCUGCCACCCAUAAGAACUACCACAUUCCCGCGCCCAUUUCCCACUUGCACAUCUACUCAUCACAACAAAAACCAAUAACGACGACGACGACAACAACAACAACAACAACAACAACAACAACAACAACAACCAGCAGCCACGACAGGUUAACAGAGUUGCCACUUUCACACUUACACACACACCCACACCCACACCCACACCCACACACAAACCACUCAACAUGGCUUCGACAUCACCAGAACAGAGGCCGCAGGACGCCUCGUCCCGAGGAUCCAGCCGUGCCUCCAGGAAGUCACUCACACUCGACCUCUCCAACCUGCCAGCCCUGCAACCACCAACGCCGGCAACAAACACCCUCCUCAUCACCAACCUCCAAGACCUCUCCGUCUUCCAGCCAGACAACCUCCAGACCAUCAAGGGCCUGAUCGCCAAGACCGCCAUGAUCCACACCUGGGCACCCCUCAAGUCCUUCCGCCGCAUCCUCGUCUCCUUCUACACGAUAUCUGAUGCUAUCGCCGUCCGCUCCAUCUGGGACGGCGAGGCCAUCCUCGGCGAGCGGUGCCGUGUCUACUUCGGCCAGCACACCCCGGUCGACGCCUCCCCCAAGGACACCCACCUCGCUCUCCCCGACGCCGGCAAGCUGUUCUUCAUCUCCCCGCCUCCGUCCCCUCCCCACGACUGGGAGCAGAUCGUCGAGGGCGCCCCCAACAAGCAGGUCCACGCCGACGACCUGGCCGCCGCGCUGGCCCAGUUGCACCACCACAAGAUCUCGGCCGACUCGCCCAUCAGCCCCGUCGAGGGCCGCUCGCCAGGUGGCUUUAGCGCCGCCUCCGGCAGGGGGACGAGGAGCCGCAGCUCCACCCUCAUCUUCCACCCAGAGGACCACGGGGUCAGCGCCAACCUGCCGUGUGUUAUGGUCGACGACAUGACGGAUGACGGACCCGUGGACGACAUGAGCAUCAGCCCCAUGGACGUGGACACCAAGCCCAUCAUGGCACACACCGCGCGUCCGCCGGUCGAGCUGAUGAGCGACGCUUAGAAGGCGCGCGAGAGGAGGAUCUGACUGUCUUUACUGCUGCGAGGUGUUACGGUCAUAUGGCGUUUAGCGGCGUGUUUGGGUCACUGCCUACUGCAUCACAUAUCAUGGAGCAUCUGUUUCGGUGCACGGUUUUAUGCGGGCUGCUGCGUGGUGGCAGCACAUUAGAAGCCGAUUGGGCAGGCGGCCGCUUCUGGCCGAGGCUUUCUGUUUAGAAGGUGGGAGUCACUGUGUGGAUAUGAUGACGAUUGGGGGGCAUAGAAUGUUUUGUACGAUACCAUUGAGUAUGCACAGAAACUGAGGCAUAAGAGGCUUAGAGAAUGAAAAGCGAUGCAC